CGCAGGUCAUGUAACAAGAACCAAGGUGUGCCUGGAAACAUUUGAAACAACGAACAUUUGAAAUAACGUGCCUACAUUUUAAAUAACGAACUUGCGCGUGCAAAAGACGCGAUAUGUGAACGGCCCCUAACUCUCCCAGCCGCCAGUCCUGCUAAAAAGCACCAGAUAUUGUCUGUUACAGUUACAGCCUGCUGGUUAUAGCCUAAAUGUGGCAAGAAUAAAAGGUAAAAACAUUAUUCUUAAAGUAUUUGCUCUUUUUUUUUUCUCUCCAUAAAAAAAUAUUGGAAUCGGAACCGAGAAUCGAUAAGAACCGGAUUCGAUAAGCAGAAUCGGAAUCGCUAAAAUUAAAACGAUACCCAACCCUGUACAUCGGCUCUGGAAAAAACGGUGAUGUCAUCGUCCAGCUCAGUUCAGCUCGCAUACAAUGGUGUCAAUGCAGGCAGAUCAAAAACAUUGUUGAAUAUCAAGUGUCCCCAGCUAAGCAAACCAAAAGGUGACAGCGGCAAGGAACCCAAACUCCAACAGGUGACAAAAUGAAGAAAAAGAGUUUAGAGUUUUUUUUCUGAGCGACAUACACAAAAGUAAAGACUCAUAACUCCAAAACUGUAGCAAGGAGAGUCAAAAGGUAGGUAUCAUUUGAUUAAUUUUACAUUUUUAGAAAAUAUAAAUUACAUUACAUUUGGACAUUUUCAUGCUGAGAAACUGCUGAUAAAAGUCAAAAUAUAUACAUAAUUUUUUUUUUUAUAAUUUUUCUUUUUUUUUUUUUUUUGACAUGGAAUAACUCAGGAAGGCAAUAAGAUCAGAGAAAAUUUCUUUUUUGGUGAUGCUCUCCUAUAUGUGAGCUGCAUCUGGUUCAAAUUUUGUGGUGAUAGCAUAAAGUAUAGUUGAAUAAAGUGUUAUUCAUUUUUUCUCAGCUAGAUGGCGCCCACGGGCGGUAAACUCCGGUUUAGAGGCACUUCUCAGCACUCGUUAGGAGUUUUUCAAAAUGGUUAGAUGCAUUAAAAAGCUGAGUUUCUAAGCUUUAAAAUGAUAUCUAUUUUGUGUUAUUCCACAUUGGAAAACGAACAUGGAUGGUUCCGGGAACAUUGGAUACACACUGCAUACCGGAAAGAUGAGAGACAUGUUUUUAGCCAAGUAUGUUACAUCAUUCUAUCUGCACUCCAGUCCAGCGAACAUUCCCUCCAUUCCUGGAAUGGGGAUGAAUUCAAGUCAACCACAGAGAUCAUCCCACUGAGGGAUUCUGGCAGCAUGUUCAUGGCCAGACAAGAAGUGUUGGCUGCUGUCCUUCCUCAAGUGGAAACCUUAGAGGACGCAGUGAGCACACAGACCACCCUCCAGAGAGAAUUUCUCUGGCCCACCAUUCCUCUCCAGCCUCCCUACCAGACAACCACCCAGAGACCCUCUCCCUCCACUGACAUGGCCACGUUUUCUGAAGACCAGACCAUACAACAACCAGAAAACUCAUGUCAGAAGAUUGGUUACUCAUCUGAGUGUGUUCAGAUCAAUGAAGAGUUGAACACUCCUGUUUCCAUGGAGACUGAGAAGUUUGAAUUCUGUCAGAGGGGAGUCCAUUCAGAAGAAUCUGAGGAUCAGGGAAAGGUGGAAUUCACAGUUCCAAGACGGAUCCUGUUCUGCACCCAGCCAGGCAGACACAGAGAGGUAGAGGAAAAAGAAGAGAGAGAGGAGGAAGAGGAAGCUAAAAAAUCAACAGAAAUUUGUGUGAUCCAUAGAGACGAGAGACAAGUUGCUGGGCUAAAAAGCGAUGGAGAUAGUUCUUUGUCUUUGCUCAGCCAAAGGAAUAAGGAGGCAGAGCGAGAACUGCAUGAUAUGUCAGAGAAACUGUCUCGACGUCUGGAGGAACUUGAUCUGAUGUUGAAGCGUGCUCUGGGUGAGAUUGGAGAGAUGUGUGAGCCAGAAGAGGAAGAUAAACAGUCUCAUCAUAGCGACAGCAUCGUGGAGUGCAGACACACUCCCAAAAACAUAGGUUCAUGUCAUGCUAGGGCUCAUACAUUGUUGGCCUCCCCUCCACCUACAGAGCGCUCCUUCCAGCAAGAUGCUCUGAUCCGAGACUCAUACAAUACCAAGCAUAGCCAAUUACGGCACAAGAACACCCAGGAGCUUGAAUACUACCAGGCAGUGUGUAGAGAAGCUCCUUCUGUUCCCAGAUCCUGCAUCAAGUCAUCUUGCUCUCGAUCUUCCCGAACCAGACUUCAACAGACAGCCAGAAAAGACACACAUUCCUUGAGAGUGAAGGAGAACAAUCUUCUUCCCAUUCUGCUGGAUGAGUUUCCACAGGUGCAGCUCUCUCCUCACACUCUGUCCCGCAUGUGGAAACAACAGCUCAGACAGAUUGACCAGCUCAAUUCCUCCAAAAACCAGAGCAGACACACACUGCCCAAACAUUUAAACCAGCUGGAAGAAGCUCAGAAAAGACAUGACAUGCUGGUGCAGAUCAUCCGCAAAGAACAGGAACACAACCGGCGCCUUAGAGAGUUCAGGGAGAGGAUCCAACAGCAGAAGUUUGCUCAGAAUAAGCUACAAGAACAGCGGCAACAGUUCGCUCGUGCUAAAAAAUACUACAGCAUCUAUCACGUCCAGCUACAUGCCAGACUGAUGCAAGCAAAGACACAAGAAGAGCGAAAGCUCAAGCAGAUCUUUGAAGAAGGAUUGGAACUGCAGAAGGCUCAUCUGAGAGAGCAGCGUGCACACAGUAAAGAACUGCUUCAGGAGAACUAUCGCAAAUACCAAGUUGAGAUUGAGGCCAUGGAGAACUACUACAGAGGACAGUUUUCUUUAUUGGCUGAAACCUUAGCCCAUGAAAGGCAAGACAUACAAAUCCGUACGAAAGCACAGGAAAAGGCCCUGCAGAAAAUGAAAAGAGAGUUAAGGAAUAAGAUGGAGAAAGAGAUUGGCGAGCUGCAGGAGAUCAUCAUUCAGAAUGAUGAAAAUAAUUAUUUCAGAGACUUGGAAGUGGAAUGCUUACGGAAACAUGUACAGAUGGCAUCUUUCCAGUACACUACCAGCUGCCUGCAGUGAUCACUAGCCGAUUAAGUGGUGAUAGAUACUGAUUCCCAAUGCAUCUCUCUUACAUGCUAAUCUUUAGAAAGCUACCUUGAAAAUAAAUAUAUGAAAUUUAAUGUGUAAACAGUUUUAAAUGUACUUGCAUUGUUCUUGUAAAACAUUAACAUUAUAUAUAUACAUUGUUUUUUUCUAAUGUUGCACCUGAAGUACUGGCAUCCAAUCAGACAGAAGUCAGUAUCAGGUUUGACCAGUUUAUAGUGGAAGGUUUUUUGGACUAUAAACUUGUCUAUAGAACAAGCUAAAGUUUUGAAUGAGACUUCCACUGCUGAUAUAGUCUUCCACUUUAUUGACCUUAAUCUGAGAAACCUGUAAUGUUUGCCAUCUUAAAUGUGCUUCCUGAGUUAGUUUGUGAACUAGUGUCUGGUAAUAACACUAAUCAUUGUUUUGGUAUUUACAUCAAACUAAAUGUAGAUUUUUUUCUUUCUUGAAUAUCUUUGAAUAUCUAUCUCUGCAAAUUCAUGCCAUGACUAUUAAUUAAAUCUGAUGUUUUAUGAAUUUAGAUUCCAACAAUCAAUCUCUGAUGUAAAGGGCAAAUAUUAGCCCAAAAGGGAAAUAUUUAUAAUAAGUUAUGAGCAAUAAAAUGUAUUUGGAUCAAGUAA